GUAAUUCGUGCGAUAUGUUGACAAAGCCGGCUACGACUGGACAGUGGGUAUCAAUACAACCUUUUAAUAGAACAUUUCUUAUCACUAGGUGCGACAAAUACGAAACAAAAACGUUUUUCAUUUACCAACUAGUUUCAGAAAAGCGAUUUAAAUUUUCUCUGUAGGUUGUUGAGAUCCCCUACUCCUGUCGGCUUUGUGACUGAAAUAAGAUUUUUCGCAGUAGUAAAACAGCUAGCGCGUAUUUAACAUCAUAUGAAGAAAAAUCAUUUUAUAGUAUAAUAAGUACUACCAUAAAUUACAAUUCGAAGGUACUUUGCUUCCAACCACUACAAAUCCAAGAAAUAUUCAUAAGUGAACUUAAGCGUUCGCAGUUCAUUCAUAGUAAUGAGACAGAUGAGUGCUUUGAAAAACUAUUCGACUGAUCUAUUUCUUUUACUUAAUUGUAUGUUUUGUGUAAAGCGGUUCUCACUUAAGUGUUUAUUCAAAAAUACCCGGCACACUGGCUUUCAUUUGGCUGCUAGCCGAUCCGCUUGUUGACGUCGUCUGCUCAGCAGGCAGGUCAAUGCAUUUGUGGAAUGAUCUUGAGCGAUAGAUCACAGCUACGUUGUCGCAGACAUCCAGGCGGAAAGCUAACGCUGUGGGCAACGACUCACUCGUCCGGUGCUGUUCGUUCGCUAAGCGGGUAGUAGCGUGAACAGCGGAGUUUGUAUCAAGCUGGUCGUCGGUACGUUAUCAUCAUUAUCAGCAAGCGGAUUUCGCAAACUGGAUGCGAUUUUAGCAUAAAACGAAAGUUCAGCCGAUGCAGUCUGCUAGGCAGCGAUUACAGCUGUAGCGUGGUGCGCAUUCGAAUGGUAGUAUGAGUAGUACUUCAGUGGAUAUAAUGGACGUGCGAUGUUUGUUAGUGUGAUGCUGCUCCAUCGGUCCGUCGGUCCAUACGAACUCGGUGCGUGCUUGGCUUUUUGUUGUCGUUGUCGUUGUUGUGCGUGCGCCGCCACGGCCGCCGACGUCGUCGUCUUGGUCAGACGGCAUCAACGUUCCCCGUUGGCGCCGUGUUGUAACUAUAAGUGAGCGAGCGAGUGAGUGUAUGGUUCUGAGUGUGAAUGCGACCGUUGAAGGGAGGAGAGUCGAGUUAGUCGAGUUGGAGUCGCACACACGGACGACGAACAAGAUUGUGUGGGAUACACAGUCACUUACUCACACGAUCGUUCACAGGCCCAUCUAGAACACCUAAACAGCCGACGGACCAGCCAGCCAGUCAGCCUGCCUUCCUGUUUAUCAGCCAGCCCCCAAAACUGCCACUGCCUGAACGUCUGCCAGGGCAGCAACCACCACAAUCACCUUCCGAGUCUGAAGUUUCUUCGCCUGCUCCCGGAGGAGGUGCUGGGGUUGUGCUGUUCGUUAGGUUUCCACUGAAUGCUCUCUGUAGCGAAGACGGAGUCGUAGCGCCCGUAGCCAUCUGCCUCGCGGCCGAUUGUUACCUUCAGCGACUUUCAUGUACUUCGCUAUCCCAUGCCUGUUAAUAACGAUCGUCACAGACGGUACAGAGCGAUGACAGGAGGACAGUCGAUGCACGUUAGGCAUGGCACGAUUGGAGUCGUUUUCCCCGGGCUGCCGCCACCGCCGCGACCUCUUCCUCUAUGAACUCGCCGAACCGAUCUGCGCUCUUUCUGACCCGAAUCGUCUCUGUCGCCGCUGCCACCGAUCUGACAUCGUAGUCCGUCCGUCCGUCCGUCGUGCACGUGCCAAGUGCCAAGCGGCCAACGGGCGUAGGGGUCAAGUCUCUAGAAGACCUGUGCCAAGUUGACAUAAGGGUAGUUCAACGAUGGACGAACAUACCCCCUCCAGUCGUCUGCCUGACCGUUGGCUGAACUGUCCUAAGAUUGGCUCACUCCUAGCCGAUAUAUUCGUGCCUUUCAAAACGCCGCUGGACGAUCGUUACCGCAAGGAUAUAGCCAAAACAGAACUGUAUUGGGAACCAAGUCAUGUGAUCGGCAUUUGUGAAGCACGCAACAUUAAUCUAGGGCUUAUUGUCGACCUUACAUUUGCGAAGCGUUACUAUAAGCCUGAAGCCUUCAUAAGGAAUGGUAUUGUUCAUAAAAAAAUCGCAUGUAGGGGACAUAAUGAAACGCCUGACGCAACCGCCAAACAAGAGUUCAUUGCGGUGUGUUUAGGCUAUUUGCAGAAUCAUCGUUGUAAAAAGAUUGGCGUCCACUGCACACAUGGUUAUAAUCGAACUGGUUUUUUGAUUUGCGCUUAUCUUGUAGAAGAGUUGCAUUGGAGUAUCAGUGCGGCUGUGCGAGAAUUUCAGAAGGCUCGUGAGCCUGGCAUAUAUAAACCGGAGUACAUUUCCGCUCUGAUUGUUAUGUACGGGGAUGAGGAGGACACACUAGAGGCAGCUCCAUGGCCAACGUGGGAAGACCCUGCUACACAAAGUGAUGAUAUCGAACGCGAGAAGCGCUCUAAGGAGUUCAUGAGUGGUAUACCUGGGGUCAGCUUUGUUGGGGAUAGACACGAAACUGAGGAAAUUCAACGAAAGGCUGCAGAAAUGUGCGGGUUCCGUAGACAGGGAUUUCCGGGAAUGCAGCCAGUGUCUAUGGACUGUGACAAUCUCUUGAAUCUGAAAGAGGAGCACCAUGUCGUUAGCUGGAAGGCCGAUGGCACUAGAUACAUGAUGCUUAUCGCUGGAAAAAAUCGGGUCUACUUCCUUGAUCGGGAUAAUGCAGUUUUCAAGGUUGACGGUCUUUCCUUUCCGUGGAAAAAAGACCCUAAGCAGCAUCUUCAGUGUACGCUUCUCGACGGCGAGAUGGUUAUAGAUAACAAUAAUGGCACACCUACUCCGCGUUUCCUAAUCUACGACAUUGCAUUUUGCGAAAAAUUUCCCAUCCGUAACCAACCAUUUAGUACUCGAGUAGAAUGCAUAAAGGACGUAAUCAUUGGAGCGCGCUCAGCAGCAGCCGAAAAAGGCAUUAUUAAUAUGGAUAGUCAGCCAUUUAGGGUACGUUUGAAAGAAUUUUAUGAUGUCUCAAUGACAGAAAAGUUACUAGGCGAGAAGUUUCAAUCCCAACUAGCACACGAAAUCGACGGGCUGAUAUUUCAGCCUUCCGCGAAGCCUUACAAGGCUGAUCGCUGCGACUAUAUCCUCAAAUGGAAGCCCCCGGAACUUAACACGAUCGAUUUUCGACUUAAGAUAGAAACCACCAAACUAUCAGAAGGAGAUCCACGAAAAUUAGAAGGCUUUCUGUUCGUUGGCGGGUUAAAUAAGCAUUUCGCCAAGCUUGGUAAGGUGGCCAAACAGGAUCGGGCUUUGGACGGCAAAAUCGUUGAAUGUUGCUUUCAGCAGUUUGACAGAAAUGGACAGACCCAGCUUGGCUGGGUUAUGCUUCGCGAGCGUACCGAUAAAUCGUUUCCAAACGGCUACAAAACUGCAUUGGGCGUCAUGAAGUCUAUACAGAAGCCUAUCACGAAAGAUAAUCUGAUCAAAUUCAUUAAUAAGGAGGCUGUGAAAGAGCCAGGGUGGCCAAGAUCACCUGGUCAACCAGGACCACCUGUCGCAUUCCAGAAACGGCCGAAUUCCGACUUUCUCGUCCCGCAAGUGCCGCCGCAACGUGCAAAAAUGCUCAAAGACGAUGAUUGAGGUGUCAUCAGACAAAGAAGUGAAAGAGGUUUGGCGGCAGGGACAGUGAGCCGCUGAUGCGUUGCGGCUCAUAUGCAUUGUUUCACCGACUUUCGUGCGGAUAUCGUCAGGUUGGAUAUAUCCGUUCUACAUGUCACCGUUGAAUCGAAUUCCAUACGCUUGAUAAGACAAAAUAUUCUCUGAGCAAACUGGGUGGCAACUUCAUUGCAUUACUUGUCAUCGGUUUAAAUCGGGUAAAAUAUACUAAGGUUGACAAUAUGGUUCUCAGUAUACAGACAUGUGCUGUCUGGGUAUAUCUUCUGGUGGAAUGAUUACACCUAUGAGCGUUUUGUGGCGGUAUCGGUAAAGAUGCAGUCUAUAAAAAUAAUAGUAAUAACAAUUAUUAUUAUGAUUAUUUACAGUAGUACAUAUAUGCCUAUGCAUCUCCACCACCGAAUGUAUAUAUUAAAGAACAAAUAAAUGAAUUCUUAUUUGUAAAUAAACACUGCGUGUUCAAUUCAACACGACAACAAAGGCAAUUUAGCGUAAUGAUAGAGAACUGUUGCCAACGGCGACUACGUAGAUUGAUACAUUUUUUUUUUUAAAUAACGCUUUGUUUUCACUAAGAUAAACGCUAAUUUAUUAUUUUAAGAUAUAUGCAGAGCAGGGUACCUUAGGUAGUCCGUGCAUUUGCUUUGGAAGUUUGCUAUUUUUUAAUCCACCGAAGGAAAAGGAAGUGGGUACUGCAGGAAGUCAACCAGUAAAAUCAAGAAGCUUGUACAUUAAGUGAAGGGCGAUAUAAUCUGAAUCACCAAGAGGCUUGUUCUUGAUUACGUUGCUAAAGCAACCAGGAACAACGAAUUUGCCAACGGUCGCUGAUUCAGAUCUCAUUCAGAGAAUAGCAACCGACGGAUUUAAGGGAACAGAAGUGAAAGAUAGUUAUGGUUACAAGAGGUGGCCUCAUAAAUCUGUUACACCAAAGAUUUUCCACAUGAGAGAAUAGAUGUUUUAUAUGCAUCGAACCCCAUAUUGGGUAGCGGAAGAUGCUCUUUCCAUAUAUUCAUCUGUUCGUUCUUUCCCAGCGAAUGAAAUCUAAGCUUUUCUUUAGAUUAUUUACAAUGUUGUGUACGCGUACAAAGCAUCGCGAAUCAACUUCAAUGGGGGUUGAAGUGUGCGUGCGGGAAGGAAUCCGCUGAAAUAACUUCAAGCAUAUGACAACACGUUGGUCUAAAAAAGAAAAAAUAUAUAGACGUGUUAUUUAUAUAUACAUUUUGUACCAAUAAUCAGACAGGUGCUUAUUUCAGGAUAGCUAGAGGCAAAUCAUGCGAGCUUGUUCAUGCUGAUGAAAAAUUCACACGCCACAUUUACGACAUAAUAUUCCCAUUAAUCUCAGCCCGUUUUCAGGCACGCUAUG